CACACAGUGAAAAGAGAGUGAACAGAGAGAACCACCAAAUUACAAAAAAUAUCCAAUAGAUAAUAAUAUAAUAAUUCAUCAAUACAUAUUGGUGAGCUUGAUGCGGAACUGAUUCCUCCAUUGACCUUUAAUAACACCUUUAAUCGUAUUGUUACAGAUUAGUAUUUGUUGAACUCGUUAAAUUCAUUAAAAAGCAAAAAAUGGGCGUGUUGACAAAGAAACCAAAGACCUUCGAAGUACUACUGAGUGACCCGAACAAGAGCGUGUACAGCGGCGGAGAUAAAGUGGCCGGGCGGGUGGUGGUGGAGGUGUUGGAGGUAAUAAGGGUCUCCGCCGUUAGACUAUUCGGUAUCGGGUGCGCUAAAGUCGAAUAUAGUAAAGGAAAGCUGCGCUGCAGGGAGGAAAUCGAGUAUCUGAAAUGUGACGAGGUUCUUCACCUUGAUCAUCAACACACAGAUGGCUCCAUUACUCUCAGGCCUGGAAACAGAUAUGAGUUCAUGUUCGGGUUCGAACUUCCACAGGCAGGGCACUUAGUUUCCUCCUAUGCAGGAAAGUUUGGCUCAGUCCAGUACUAUGUGAAGGCGGUCUUAGAGAAAUCAGGCCAGCCAUAUGCAGAAUGCAAGCGGUAUUUUGAGGUGGAGGAACCCAUUGAUGUAAACACCCAAGAACUCAUGACUCCAGUUGCAGGAGCAAAAGAAAAGAAAGUCACCUGCAUGUUUAUUCCUGAUGGCAGCGUUUCCGUGGUCGCCCGCAUCGACCGGAAGGGUUAUUGCGAAGGAGAGGACAUUUGCAUCGAUGCUAAAUUUGAGAACACCUGCUCUCGGAUUGUCAUUCCUAAAGCUACCAUCAUAGCCAAGCACAUUUAUCUGGCGAACGGACGCACCAAGGUGUUUUGCGAGAAACUCACUUCUGUCAGGGGCAACCACAUCAUCUCUGGCAUGUGUGACGUUUGGCAGGGGGGUGUCCUCCGUGUGCCCAAGUUGAAGCCCACUAUCUUGGGCUGUGACAUCAUCCAUGUUGACUACACAUUGAGGAUCUCUGUGCAUAUUCCAGGCAGCGAGAAGCUGAUCCUUGAACUGCCUCUGGUCAUUGGGACAAUCCCCUUUAAUGGCCUGAAUAGCCGCACCAGCAGCAUGAGCAGCCAGGAUGGCAGUGCCACCUCCAGCACUUGUGUUUCCAUCCCAUCUUCUCCUCCCAGUUACAGCGAGAUCUCCCAGGAUAACCACAUAGACAGUCACUUUAUCCCUCUCCUGAAUGAUUACGAUGAGGAUGACAGUCCAAUUUUCAUGCGUAUUAGUGAUUAUCAUCUCCCCCCUCCCCCGACAUACACAGAGCAGAACUGAGACUGCAGUUCUCCACAAAGCAUUAAACUCCAGCAGAUGAACAAACACAGCUCCUGACAGCACAAUUCAGAUGUCAGAAUGCCAGUGCUAGAGGACCAGGCACGCUUUGCUUCUGAUUUGUGGAAUAUGAAAAGCAGUGGCAAACAAAGAAAUGUUUGAUUGCAAGUUGUUUAAUCUUUACUGAGGUCAUCAGAAGCUGUUUUACUGAAUCAAAGGACAGUUGGACAAAUGUAAGAAUCCGCCUCUUGAAAAUGACCAUUGACAUCUUCAUGUUUAUUACAGAGGAAUCCUCAGUAUCUGAGAGAGUUUUUAGAUUUGUGUUAGAUUUUGCCAUAUUGGUAUAAAAUUCUCUGCUCAUAUUGACGUUUCAGAUUGGGGUUUUCUUAGUAAUGGUGCGAAAAAACCUUCAGAUUAGAGAUAUUUGUAAUAGAUCAUAUUUAUGUCAUGCAUUUUUGUGAUUGAAAACCAUUGUAUUUAAUAAUGGGUUAAACAAUAGAUAACAUUGAACAUAGCACAUCUUGAUAACAGGUUUGAAUAUAUUCUUUGUCUUGUAUCACAAUUUCAAUCUAUGCUAGCAGAAAAGUAUUUUUUUAUUUAAUAUAGAAAUACAAAUAUAUAUUUGUAUAUAGUAUAUACUGUAUAUAUUGUCAGAAUUAUAUAUGUAUUUAAUAAAUCAGGGCCACUGUAAAUGUACCAACAUUUAGUUAAAUCUCAUUCAAAUUUGAUUGUUAUAUGCAUUUUGUACUUUUUUUUAUUUGAAACCAAUGGGUCACUUUUAGCCGUUAUAAAGACAAUAAAACAUUUGAAAUGAUC